GGAGGUGGAACAAAUCACCACCCUUUCUUACUAUCACCAUAGAAGUCAUUAGUCCUCCUACACCAUGUCUAAGCUUCUGCACUUGCCCUUCUUGCUCCUCCUCCCUCUCCUAUCUGCCCCCAGAGCUGGAGCGGCCUCCUCACACCACCAUCACCUGAGGUCACUCCACUUCUCCCUUUUCCAACAAGAGACCAUAAACAAGACCGGCUACAUCGUCGUCGACGGCGUGGCCGGCGCCGGCGUCGGCCAAACCACCACCCCCUUCGGCACCAUCUUCGUCUUCAACGACGGCAUGACGGUCACGCCGAACGCGUCGUCUCGAGUCGCAGGCAUCGCCGAGGGGGCUUCCAUAACCUCCAGCCUCGACGGCCUGCGAAGCGUGUCGUUCGCAAAGAUCACUCUCAGGAUCAGAGGCCUACAGGGCUCCAUCUCGAUCGUGGGCGGCACCCACAACAUCAAGCCGGCGGACCACCCGGUCGUCGGCGGCACCGGCGACUUUAUGUUCGUUGGAGGGUACGUGAGGUCGUCGCCGGUGGACUUGGAAGGCGUGACGGUGGUCUACAAGAUCGAGUUCCAUCUGUAUUGGCCACCGUAUGCCGCCAACGGUCCUUCCAAAUAGUUGAGCCUCUGCUGCCACAGCUGCACCGAGUUGGUGUUCUUUUAAACUACGGUCUUAGUCUAAAGGGAUGAAUGUCCAGAAUAAUUACGUUGAUUUGCAAUUCAAAGUGGCAUAUCUUUCUCUUUCAA